UACGGGGUGGUUGUGGUGACGGGGCCUGUGAUAGAUUAACGCGGGAGUAGCGGACGUGGGGCAGCGGGGCGUGGAUGAAGGGAGCGCGGAUAAGAGUGGUGUUUGUCUGUCGACUCAUGGCUGGAUCGAAGGAAGACGAUCCAAUGGCAACUGAAUCUCGCCUUUUCGCCGACAUCCUGCAGUAUCGCUCCCGUCUGCCCACUGAUUUCCUAGCGGCCUUAAUCUGGAUCCAGCGCACCUGCAGCGAGCCCUCCCCGGAUUUUAUUGUCCGCACCACCCCGGCCGCCUUCAUCAACCUGCCCACCCUCCUGACCACGGCCGACCACCUCCCACCCGGUCUGCACGGCACCGCUCUCCACACCACCACCCCCGCCUUCCUGGACGGUCUCAUUGCUCAGCCCAAAGACAAUCUCCUCCUGGCGCGCCACACCCAGUACCUCCCGGCGGAAUUUGUCCUGAUAAAAACAGCCUCCAGCGCGUUCCUCGACCUGAUCCCCAAAAUCCCCUUCGUCCCGGAGGAGGCCUUCUUCCUCACCGGGAUCGUGGCGGAUUACGCGGAACUGGAGCGGUUCCGCUUGGAGAAUGUGGAGCAGACGUGGAAUGGGAGAUCGGGAUGCUGGAUUAAUCAUCGCAGUGCAUUUUUACGGAUGAAACCCGCCGAGAUGGAGGAAUUAUGGCGCGCCCUGACACGGGUGGCGGAGUUUGCAUGCCGGCAGGGUGACGGGUGUUGUGAGGACGGAUGGGGGGAUAUUGUGACGUCGGUGGUGAUCGGAUCGCUGGUGCUGGUGAUCGCCUACAGUCUGCUGCACAGCUACUUUUGGUCGCAGUUAUCGUUGUUCUGCAGUGAUAUCUGCAGUACGGUGGAUCUGGAUGGGGAUGAGUAUGAUGAUAGUCCGGAGUUGUCGGCGGUGCAUUAUGAUUCCGACCGGGAGGAGGUGGUGCAGGGCCAGGGCGACACGUUCAUGGGGUUCAGCGGGACGAAGGCGUACAUGCAGGAUCGCUUCUGAAGACGCGGUGUUGCGGCAACGCGUUGGCCUUAUAGAGUGCGCGGAGAGGUUUCUUUUCAUUGUGUAGAGUCGGUUUUAUUUGUCGUAUGAUUUUGUGGUUGCUGUCUGCCCCGGUGGAUUUUUGGGUCCGUGGUUGACCGGUUUGAGUGUUGCGAGGGGGCGUGGUUUGCGAUUGACCUGGAUCUCGGUGUGCCGGUUUUUAUAUAAAAGAAUUAAAAUUAUUAUGUUG